AGCAGACUGCAACUGCAACCAGGAGCUGGAACAACUCAAAGGAGCGUCUGUAUUACUAGAGACUACUACGAACCAAACGCAUUUUGAGAGACGACUUGAGUUGGCGAGCGCGGGGGGAAACAAAAAAAAAAAACCCCCAAAAAAAACUUAAGGAUUCCUCCGAAAGACAAACUCAACCUUUCCAGAGAGGGAGAUUUUGUUUUCUUCCUUCUUCUUCUUUCCCGUUUCAGUUAUUUGCUGAAGACCCGCCUGAGAGGGAAAAAAACCUAAACAUCCAAGAUGCUGAUGCUCACCGUCACCGUUAUUCUCACUGGGACGUUCAACUUGGUCCUCUCCUCUUCAUCUUGCCCCUCCGUGUGCGAGUGCCCCCUGGAAGUGCCCCAGUGCGCUCCGGGUGUCAGCCUGGUGCUGGACGGCUGCGGCUGCUGCAAGGUCUGCGCCAGGCAGCUGAACGAGGACUGCAGCCUGAGCGAGCCUUGCGAUCACACCAAAGGGCUGGAGUGUAACUUCGGGGCCAGCUUCACGGCGACCACCCGUGGGAUUUGCCGAGCUAAGUCAGAAGGCAGACCAUGCGAGUACAACAGCCGGAUUUACCAGAACGGCGAGAGCUUCCAGCCCAACUGUAAACACCAGUGCACGUGCAUCGAUGGGGCGGUGGGCUGUGUCCCACUGUGCCCGCAGGAGCUCUCCCUCCCCAACCUGGGCUGUGCCAACCCCAGGCUGGUCAAGGUAGCGGGCCAGUGCUGCGAGGAGUGGGUGUGCGAUGAUGGCAAGGAGACAGACAUCCUGGAGAAGCUCUUUGGCAAAGACACACUGACAGACGAGUCAGAAAGAGACCUCACCAACAGAAACGAACUCAUUGCCAUGGUCAAGGGUGGACUCAAGUCUUUACCUGCAUUCAGAGUGCAGCCUGAAAGCCAGAUGUUUGACAGGCAGAAGUGCAUUGUCCAAACCACACCCUGGUCCCAGUGCUCCAAGACCUGUGGGACAGGAAUCUCCACGAGAGUCACUAACAACAACAGCGAGUGCAAGCUGGUCAAAGAGACAAGAAUCUGUGAAGUGCGACCAUGCACCCAGUCACCUUACUCCAGUCUGAAGAAAGGAAAGAAGUGCAGCAGGACCAAGAAGUCCAGCCAGCCAGUCAAGUUCACCUAUGCUGGGUGCCACAGCCUGAAGAAGUACAGGCCCAAGUACUGCGGCGCCUGCGUGGAUGGACGCUGCUGCAGCCCCCACGACACCAGAACCAUCCGUGUCAAGUUCCGCUGCGAGGACGGCGAGACCUUCAACAAGAACGUCAUGAUGAUCGAGUCCUGCAAGUGCACCUACAACUGCCCCCAUGCCAACGAAGCCUCCUACCCCUUCUACCGCCUCUCCAACGACAUCCACAAGUUCAGAGACUGAGUCUGGUUGGCUAAGAACGACCCAGCCCCUAAGAGAGAGCGAGAGAGAGAUAGUGGGUGAGAGAGAAAGAAAGAAAGAAAGAGAGUGAAUCGACAACAAUGACAGGCAGCCAAUGGCGGCCCAAUUCGAAUGCAGGGGGGUGGGGAUGGGGGGGGUGUACAUUGACCGCCAAAACAAACUACCAACUCCUUGUUGUAACUAGAUUCCCAAGGAAUUGUGGGCUUACAUCAUGAGGACUUAAGAAAGUGCACUGUUUGCUGUGACUACAUCAGCAUUCUCAACUACGAAUCGCUUCAUAUUACUGGAGCAUCCUAGGUAGCUUCGUUAAGGAGCAACAUGUAAUUAAGAUUUGUACAUGUAUGUUAGUUGCUGAUAUCAAUUCGCUGUGUAUAUUUUGAUCUUUAACAUCCCGACAUGACCCGAACUGUAGACUUGUGUGUGUAUAUAUUUAUGUUUGCACAUACGCAACUAAAAAUAGUAUACCACCCUGUAACCUAAGAAAAAGAAAAGAAAAAAAAAAAGACACCAAACGUAACGUCUCGGCUUGUUUAACAAGUGUGUGGUUACAUCUCUUCCUGACGUGGGCAUUAGUGUUCAUGUUUUGUGGCAGCUAUUGAACUCCCGUACUUUUAUCAACAACAACAAAAAAAAAAGACAAAGCGAAACAU